AUGAUGAAGGACAAUAUAUGUAAUGUAUUGCAUGGUUUGAAACCAACGUUGUUAAUGCUUAUGGUUCAAAUAGCAUUUGCUGGUGUUAAUAUUCUCUAUAAACUUGCUGUUAACGAUGGCAUGAACCUAAGAAUCGUUGUUGCGUACCGUUUUAUAUUCUCAACUGCUUUCAUAGCUCCAGUUGCUUUCAUCAUUGAAAGGAAGAAGAGGACAAAGAUAACAUGGAAGAUACUGUUUCAAUCAUUUCUGUGUGGUUUAUUUGGAGGAUCAUUAGCUCAAAACUUCUACUUAGAAGCUUUGUCUUUAACUUCACCAACAUUUGCAUCAGCAAUGGCCAACCUUAUACCAGCUAUAACCUUUAUCAUGGCCGUUUCCUUUGGUUUGGAAAAACUAAAUUUGAGAACAAAAGCUGGAAAGGCAAAGAUAAUAGGUACAAUGACAGGAAUUAGUGGAGCAAUGGUAUUAACUUUUGUUAAAGGUAUUGAACUAAAUAUUGGUUCAUUCAAUUUAAACCUUUUGCAUCACCAAAAGUCACCCACACAAGCUACAAUCUCCACUAAGAAUACUAUUUUGGGUUCUCUAUGUGCUCUGGCUAGUAGCAGUUCUUAUGCAUUAUGGCUCAUUAUUCAUGCAAAAAUGAGUGAACAAUAUCCAACACAUUAUUCAAGCACAGCUUUGAUGUCAUUUUGGGCUUCAUUGGUUUCCAUUGUGUUUGCUCUUUGUUUUGAGAGGGAAUUUAGUCAGUGGAAAUUGGGUUGGAAUAUUAGGUUACUAACUGUUGCUUAUGCGGGUAUAGUGGUUUCAGGAGCAAUGAUUUGUGUAAUUUCAUGGUGUGUACACAUGAGAGGACCAUUGUUUGUAUCUGUUUUUAGUCCUUUGAUGCUUAUUUGUGUGGCCUUGGCUAGUUGUACUAUGUUGAAUGAAAAACUUCACCUUGGAAGCGUUAUUGGAGCAGUGUUGAUUGUAUGUGGGUUAUAUGCUGUUGUAUGGGGUAAAAGUAAAGAGAUGAAGAAAAAGAAUCAAUUAGCACCAUCACAAAGCACACAUGAACUUGAUACAAUUGUAGUAGAAGAUAAAAGCAACCAUAGAAACAGCAAUGGUCACAAUAAUAAUUUACAUGUUAUUAAUGAUAAUGAAGAUUCACAAAAAGAUGAACAUGUACAAAAUCAAGAAAAAGAAGGAGGGGGUGUAGAAGAAAUUUCACGUAAUGCCUAG